GCCUACACUGAGAUGCAAGAGGAGAUUUUGUCAGAACUCCAGGAAACAGUAGCUGCUGGUGAACACACAGAUAUCUGUGGUGAUGCAAGAUCUGAUUCCCCCGGUUACAGUGCCAAAUACACCUGUUACAGCUUUAUGGAUGAUGCAACAAAGAAAGUCAUCAUGUCGGAUCUAAUUCAGGUAUCGGAGGCUACCAGUUCACCGGCAAUGGAGCCUGUUGGUUUCCGGAGGGGCCUGGAUCGUCUGCUGGACUCCGGCGUUGGUGUUGACGUGGUUACUACUGACCGGGCUCCAUCAAUUCGGAAGAUCAUGAGGGAGUCCUAUCCAGAGCUUAGGCAUCAAUUUGACCCAUGGCAUGUGGCAAAAGGUGUGAAGAAGAAGGCAACUGCAUUGGCGAGGAAGAAGGAAAACCGGGACCUGCAGCCAUGGAUCAAGUCUCUGGGCAAUCACUUCUGGUGGUCGUGCAGUUCAAGCGGUGGCGAUGAGAAGGAGUUGAAACACCGCUGGACAUCUAUCCUUUACCAUGUGUGUGGUAUCCACCGUUGGGAAGAAAAUGAGCAGGAGUACAGAUGUCGCCACGACGACCUCAGCGAGGACCAACAGCGGCGAAAAAAAUGGCUGGAGAAGGGGUGUCCUGCCUGGAACGCUCUGAAGAGUGUUGUACUUGACAAAAAUCUUUUGAGAGACCUAAGUCAAUUGACUUUGUUCAAGCAUACAGGGGCCCUUGAAGUCUUUCACAGCUCUAUGCUGAAGUACGCAGAGAAGAGGCGCCAUUUCACGUAUGUCUCCAUGCAAGCAAGGCUCCAGCUGAGUAUCAUUGACCACAACCACAAUGUUGGCCGUCAGCAUGCCUGUACUCGAUCUGGACAGAAAAAGUACAAUGUCAUUCACUCAAGGCAAUCAAACCAGUGGGUUGCAAGAAAGCUGUAUGAGCCAACAACGCAGGAGUUCCGUAAAGGAUUGGUGGAACGGGUCAUUCGACGGCGGCUUGACAAGAAUGUGAGGAUUGGAGAUCCUGCUUUCUUCAUCCAUCCUCCUGUCAGCAUACCAGCCAACAUCGCCCCCACUGCAAAGCCGAACAAGACCGACUUGGUAGCAGAACAUGAAUCUCGUUUUCCAACUGAACCUACUGGUGAUACAGAUGUUGACGUCUGAGACUGAAAAAAAAAACUUUCUUGUGAUUGUUUUUUGUCGUUGUUUUUCUUCUUUCUUUUCAUUAUUUCCCCCCCAUUUUCUCAUAACUGUUAUUGUAAUGGAAGAGUAAUCAAAACCAUUACAACUGAUGUCUUGGGGAACAUAGUUUUAUUUUUUAAAAAAUGUAUGUACAUAGUUCUUUAGUCAUUUUUAGUCUAAGUAAUUUGUAACAUUUUUAGUGUAAAAUAACUAACAGUAGAAAAUGUAGAAAAACAGUCAAAAUUCUAUAAGUAAAACAUCUACAAUGUGUGAAUUAAAAUAUUUAAAACAAUUGCUGUGCAUCCACUGACUCCUUGAAACCUGCAUAUUGCCCAGUUGGUGAUGGAUAGGUUCUUCUGAUUAGCUCCACCACACAGGAAGGAAGAACUCUCCUGUUGCCUGGACCAAGCUUCUCUCCUUGUAAACCCCAUUCCAGGACGAUGCGAUAGGCAAUCAGCCUGUA